UGCAUAAACAAAUUUAAGAACAGCGAGCUGCUUAUUACUAGCUCUUAACUACUUGCAAGAGCUCCUCCACUGCUAGAGAAAUAACAAAGUAGUGAUCGAGCUUGUUUACAUAGCAGUGGAAUAUGGCUUCUUCAUCCAGCUCCUACAACUCACCUUGUGCUGCCUGCAAGUUCUUGAGGCGCAAAUGCAUGCCCGGCUGCAUUUUCGCCCCUUACUUCCCACCGGAGGAUCCCCAAAAGUUCGCCAACGUCCACAAGAUCUUCGGCGCCAGCAACGUCACCAAGCUCCUCAACGACCUCCUCCCCCACCAGCGGGAGGACGCCGUGAACUCCCUGGCCUAUGAGGCCGAGGCACGCGUCAGGGACCCCGUCUACGGCUGCGUUGGAGCCAUUUCCUUUCUCCAGAGACAGGUCCAGAGGCUCCAGAAGGAACUCGAUGCUGCUAAUGCCGAUCUCAUCCGCUAUGCUUGCAAUGAGAUCAUAGCGACACCGGGGGUGAAUCCGGUACUCCAACAACAAAUGACUCCUCGGAGAAGGUCUAUUGAUCAUCACCAGUUUUAUCAUCAGCAAGGUGGUGCUACAAUUCCUCCUCCUGCAGCUAAUUUUCAGGUUCCUUAUAAUCUUCCAUGGAAUGUUGAUCAUCAAAAUCGUACUUCCGGCGAUCAGAUCAAUGAAGGAGGAGGAGGAGGAGAGGGUGGAAUGUGAUGAUCGAUUUGAGAUUUGAGA